AUGUCCUCCGAUAGGAAACUUAAGGGCUUAUUAGCUCAACGCGAUAGCACAAUCGCAAAAAUCAAAGAUUUAAAGAAAGUGGCUGAUCAGGCAUUGACUGACCCUAAUGUUCAUACGAACUUCAAAUGUCGUUACAAACGCAUUGACGCGAUAUUUGAAAAUUUCGAAGCAAUUCAUAGUGAAAUAAUUUCUAUACUCGCUGUAGUAGAAGGAGUUGAUCUCGAACCACAUCAUGAAAUUUCAUCUGCAUUCAACGAUGAUUAUUACUAUAUUCAGUCCUUAUAUGAGCAACUUAUUGUUGAAUCUUCGCUCACAGAAAAUAAGGAAAUUCAUUGUAAAGUUAGACUGCCGAAACUCGAACUGCCCACAUUUGACGGUGAUCUUAGGCAAUGGCAGACAUAUUCAGAUGUUUUCGAUUCAUUGAUUCAUAAUAAUACUGCGCUGUCCAAUAUCGAUAAAUAUAAUUAUUUGAUCUCUUCACUUAAAGGUAACGCCCUUUCCGUUGUCAAAUGUACCCCGAUAACCAGUGCGAACUAUUUCAUUGCAUAUUCUGCUCUCAGAAAGAGAUACGAAAAUAAAAGAUUGAUAGCAGCGGCCCAUUGGCAAACAAUUGAAAGAACUAAACGCAUUAACGUGAUUGAUAAUUUAAUGGGAUUGCGUGUUCUCAUCGAUACAUUUUCCGAAAAUCUCUCCGCUUUGGAAAACCUCAAUUUUCCAGUCAAACAAUGGGACUUCGUCGUCUUUAGUAUGUUGUUUGAUCGAUUAGAUUCCGUUACACAAACAAGAUUCGAGUUAGAAUGCGGAUCAAGUCUUAUACUUCACCACUAUUACAAAACUUUAUGCGAAUUUUUGGAAAGGCAAUGUAGUGCUUGGGAUAAUGUUGCUCUAUGUAAUUCAAACACUAGAAGAUCGGAUAUCCCGAAAAAUAAACCUGUUUAUAAGAAUAUUGCAGGAAAGGGAGGAAUGAGUUCAAGUUUUUUGGUGAAUUCAUCCGCGUCUACAUCUGCCUGCUGUAGCUUCUGCUCUCAAUCGCAUCUGAUAUAUAGUUGCCCAAAAUUUCUGAAUAAGUCGGCUAAAGAAAGAUAUGCUUUAGUUAAGAAUCAGAGAUGGUGUACCAAUUGUUUGGGUGAUAAACAUACUGAGUCGAAUUGUAAAUCAAAGUCUGUUUGCCGAAAAUGUUCGCAACAACAUCAUACUCUUUUGCAUUUCGGCUCAGACUCGCUAACCGAAGGUGCAGCGACUAGCACAACCGGCACUAACAGUUCCGAGGACGUUAAAGAUAGCGUCAAUUUAUUCGUUAAUUCUCAACGCACUAUUUUAUUGUCUACCGCCUUGGUCAACAUACUCGACAAUUCUGGCGAAUAUCGCACGUUGCGCGCACUGCUAGACAGUGCAAGUCAGUCAUCAUUUAUGACGAAAAGAUGUUGUGAUUUCUUGCGACUGCCCACCACAGCACUUUCUGUUAAUAUUAAAGGGGUGGGUCAGACAGCUACUAAAGCUAAUCGAGGUGUUUCUUGCAUAUUAAAACCACAUAAUUCAGAUGAGCCAGAGUUAAAUGUUGACUUCGUGAUUAUCCCUCAGAUUUGCUCCAAUAUGCCCCAAACCACCAUUCCGCGAAGUAAAUUUGAACAGUUUAGUACCUUGACUCUUGCGGACCCUGACUUCAAUAAGUCAGCACCAGUAGACUUAUUACUGGGUGCGGAUAUUUUCGCACAUGUGUUGAAGGGCACAAGUAUUCGAGGUUCUGCGGAUGAACCGGUAGCGCUUGAUACAGUUUUCGGGCAUGUGAUUAUGGGAAACAUUGAUUUAGCUCCAACUAAGAUCAUCAACUCGUUUUUAGAAUAUUAUGAUAACACUCUAGAAGGAUUCGUGAGAAGAUUUUGGGAACUCGAACAGGUUGAGGCUCGUGAGGUGCUUUCACCUGAGGAUUCAUUGGCGGAGAAGGUUUUUGUUGAAACUUUAUCUCGAAGCGAAUCUGGUCGCUUUAUCGUUUCACUUCCAUUUAUUGAUUCGGUUCCUGUUUUCGGUGAUACUCGUCAGAAGACAUUGAAACGUUUCUUAUCUCUAGAAAAGCGAUUGAUUUCGCAUCCGCUCUUAUACCAACAAUAUCGCGAGUUCAUGCAGGACUAUUUAGAUCAAGAGCACAUGCAAUUGAUUACCGAAAAUUUUGAAAAUCCUUCGGUUUAUUAUAUACCUCAUCAUUGCGUCUUAAAACCAGAGAGCUUGACCACGAAAUUAAGAGUUGUAUUCGACGCCUCGCAUAAAGGCCCUAACGGAUUAUCUCUCAAUGACACCCUUCUUCGUGGACCUAAACUACACCAAGAUAUUUCGUCAAUUCUCUCGCGAUUUCGACUUCAUGCCGUUUGUUUCACCGCGGACAUACGACAGAUGUUCAGACAAAUACUGGUCAGAACGGAUCACCAAGAUUUUCAACGCAUAUUAUGGCGCUUUAAUCAGUCAGAGCCGAUUCGAGAGUAUCGGUUAACAACUUUAGUUUUCGGUAUUAAAAGUAGUCUCUUUAUAGCCAUGCGUUGUAUAAAGCAAGUAGCUAAUGAAAAUAAAUUUGCAUAUCCUAUCGCGUGCUCUAUCUUGGAGGGAGAUACUUUUGUAGAUGACAUUGUGUCUGGUGCUGACUCGCUUGCGGAAGCUCUUAAAAUACAAUCAGACCUCACUCAUAUUUUAAAGAAAUCAGGCUUCGAACUCAGAAAGUGGGCGAGCAAUGAUCCUCAAUUUCUUGCUCAUCUUUCUGAUUCCGUGGAACAAACGCAAUCAAUAACUCUUGAUUUGGAACCUGAUUCGACAUUAAAGAUAUUAGGAUUGCAAUGGAAUCCCUUAACGGAUUCAUUCUCUUAUAGCGUGAAACCUCUCGGUGAGACUUGCUCGAAACGCAGUGUACUGUCAGAAUUAGCUCGUAUAUACGACCCACUCGGGUUUUUAACGCCAUUCGUUUUGAAUUUAAAACAUCUAAUACAGCAACACUGGAGUUUAGGAUUGGAUUGGGAUAGUUCUCCGCCUGACCAUAUCAUUCAAAUUUGGUCUCACAUCAAAAAGGAAAUGUGUCAACUCUCUAAUAUUACUAUUCCGCGUUUUCUAGCAUCGAAAGGCAUGCGAUCAUGUCAACUCCACGGUUUUUGUGAUGCUAGUAAUGUCGGUUAUGCCGCUGUGGUUUAUGUGCGAUUGAUACACGCAGAUAAUUCUAUAUCAACGCAUCUUCUAUGCGCUAAAUCGCGAGUAGCUCCUUUAAAACGCAUAUCAAUUCCACGCCUUGAACUCAGCGCUGCUCUAUUGCUAGCUGAACUACUACACAAAGUACAAAAGGAUUUCGAAAGAAAACUAAUAUUCGACAGAAUAUUCGCAUAUUCAGACUCUACUGUCGCUCUUUCGUGGAUAAAAAGCAGUCCACAUAAAUGGACCUGUUUCGUUGCUAAUCGCGUAACGACCAUUCAAGGGUUCACACCCCCAUCCCUUUGGUAUCAUGUAGGUUCGAGCGAAAACCCAGCUGACCCUGCUUCUAGAGGAGUUACUCCAGUCACUCUGGUUGGACUUUCCUUAUGGUGGGCGGGGCCAUCUUGGUUGAAGCUCGCACAGGAGAAGUGGCCUUCGAAUAUAGUAUUGAAGGAUAAAGAGUUACUACCGGAAACAGAUUGCGAGAAGCUUUCAUCAGUUUUAACUGUCACUGUUGAGCAAAGUUCGGAUCUCAUUCAGGAUUUAUUGAACAAAUUUUACUCUCUGGAUAAAAUACAAAGAAUUGUAGCUUAUGUCAAACGCUUCAUUUUCAACUGUCGUAAUCCUAAAAGUGCGAUCAAGGGUAUAAUUACCCUAUUUGAUUCAGAAGCAGCUCUCAAUGAAAUAGUAAGGAGCACUCAAAAUUCUGUAUUCGCAAGAGAAAUGGCUCUUUUAUCUCAAAAGAAAGCUCUUUCUAAGCCGCUUCGCAAACUAAGUCCGUUCUUAGACGAACUGGGAAUCCUCAGGGUGGGCGGCAGAUUGGUCCAUUCAGGACUUAAGUUCGAACAAGUUCACCCGGCUCUCCUUCCUGGUGACCACAGAUUGACUCAUCUGUUAAUUGAAAGUCUUCAUAAAAAGUAUUUGCAUCCAGGAAUACUAUCUCUCCAUAAUUUAUUGGUACAAAAAUAUUGUAUAUUUUCCGCGAAACGAAAUAUUCGUAAGGUGCUUUCUAAGUGUAACCGGUGUUUUCGAGUGAAACCGCUGCACGUUCAGUCCGUGAUGGGCGAUCUUCCAGCAGUGCGAAUAUCUCAAAUUAAACCUUUUUCUAGCGCCGGAGUAGAUCACGGCGGUCCUUUUACGAUUGUGAUGAGUCGAACAAGAGGAUGUAAGGUUCUGAAGGCAUAUAUAUGCAUAUUCGUUUGUAUGGCUACGAAGGCCAUUCAUCUCGAGCUCGUUUCAGAUCUCUCAUCAGAGACCUUUUUGGCAGCCUUACGGCGUUUCAUCGGGCGACGCGGUCAGUGCUAUCACAUAUAUAGCGAUCAAGGUACAACAUUUCGCGGAGCUGCUCGUACUCUCGAAAAUAUUAUGAAAGAAUCUGCAGAAUCUGAAGGUAUUAUUUUUCAUACCAUUCCGCCCUAUUCUCCAAAUUUUGGAGGAUUGUGGGAGGCUGGUAUAAAGUCGACCAAAAGCCAUUUGUUGCGAGUGGUGGGAGAUCAGCUUCUCACUUACGAGGAGUUCACUACGGUUUUGGUUCAAAUAGAAUCCAUUUUGAAUUCACGACCUUUAACCCCUCUCAGCUCUGAUCCCAAUGAUAUGAAUCCUCUAACGCCAGGCCAUUUUUUAACCUUGGCUCCUCUCAAUUCUUUGCCUGAGCAAAAUUUUUUAGAUUUAAAAAUAAACAGAUUGAGUAGAUGGCAGCUCGUGCAAAGAUUGAGUCAGGAGUUUUGGUCACGAUGGCAUAAAGAAUAUUUGCACACGCUACUACAGAGAUCCAAGUGGUGUAAUUCAUCUGUUCCUAUUCAGUUGAAUACAUUGGUAUUAUUAAAAGACGAGUUGUCUCCUCCGCUAAAAUGGCAUUUAGGGAGAGUUAUUGAGUUACACAGUGGAUCAGAUGCAGUUACGAGAGUAGUUACAGUGCGGACCACUAAGGGAUUAAGGGAAUAUUUAAGCGUCCUGUUAUUAAGGUGUGCCCUCUCCCUAGCCAGUAGUUGA